CCCGCUCCGGGUCCCGGUGCCGGUCCGGGCCAUGCGGCGGCCGUAGCCAUGCAGGGCACCGAGCUGCGCGACGGGGAUGCGGCGGCGGCCGCUGCGGCCUCGUACCGGGUGCUGAGCCGCCUCUUGGGCUAUGCGGCCGGGCCGGAGGCGGGCGCGGCGGGCGGCGCCGGUACCGGCGGGGCGGCCGCGGGGCCGCUGGGCCUCGGCGCCGGGCGGCUGCCGGGCCCUGCGGCGCUGCGGAGCCCGAGGCCGCCGCCGCAGCUCAUGGUGUUCCGCAACGCGGCCGAGGGGCGGCCGGGCCAGGAGGGCGGCCCCGCGGCCGGCGGGGAGCUGCUGUGCCCGCGGCACCGCUGUGCUCUGGAGCCCAAGGCCGGGAGCGGCUGGGGAGCGGCGCCGGCCGCGGGGCUGGGGCUGGAGCUGCAGCUGGCGGCGCUGGGGCUGCGGCCGCCCGGGCUCGGCACCAAGGGACCCGCGGGCUGCCCCUGCCUCGGGCCGCCGCCGCCGGCCGGGCCCGCUGCCGAGGAGACGAGCGAUGCGCUGCUGGUGCUGGAGGCGCUGGAGCCGGACGAGGCCGGGAGCUGCUCCGAGGAGGAGCCGGGAUCCCCCGGCCGUGCAGCCGCCAGAGCUACCGGUAGAGGAGCCCCCGCGCCGCCCGCCGCAGCCCCCGGGGGAGCCGGCCCCGGCGGCAGGAAGGGCUCGCUCAAGAUCCGCCUCAGCCGCCUCUUCCGCACCAAGAGCUGCAGCGGAGGCUCAGCCACCGCGGACGCCGCCGCCGGUGGCACCGAGGGCCGGCGCUCCGGGGACCUGCCCGCCUCGGCCGGCAGCCUGACCGAUGUGUGCGGGGCCCGCGGCCGCGAGCAGGAGGCGGGCAGGAAACACAGACUGACAAGAACUCAAAGUGCCUUUUCCCCGGUUGUGUUCAGCCCCCUCUUCACAGGUGAAACGGUGUCGCUGGUGGACGUGGACAUCUCGCAGCGAGGACUGACCUCCCCUCACCCUCCGACUCCACCACCUCCACCCCGACGAAGCCUCAGCCUGCUAGAUGAUAUCAGUGGGACGCUGCCUGCAUCUGUCCUAGUGGGUCCAAUGGGCUCUUCCCUGCAGUCUUUCCCUCUGCCUCCGCCUCCUCCACCCCAUGCCCCAGAUGCCUUCCCACGGAUUGUCCCUCUGAGGCCGAUGGAGGCGAUGCCCGGCCAGCCUGCCCAGCACCUCCAGUGCCCCCUGUACCGCCCCGACUCCAGCAGCUUCGCAGCCAGCUUGAGGGAGCUGGAGAAGUGUGGCUGGUACUGGGGACCGAUGAACUGGGAGGAUGCAGAGAUGAAGCUGAAGGGGAAACCAGAUGGGUCCUUUCUGGUCCGAGACAGUUCUGACCCUCGUUACAUCCUGAGCCUCAGCUUUCGGUCACAGGGCAUCACCCAUCACACCAGGAUGGAGCACUACAGAGGGACCUUCAGCCUCUGGUGCCAUCCCAAGUUUGAAGACCGCUGCCAGUCCGUGGUGGAGUUCAUAAAGAGAGCGAUCAUGCACUCCAAAAACGGGAAGUUCCUCUACUUCCUCCGAUCCAGGGUUCCAGGUCUCCCUCCAACGCCUGUCCAGCUGCUGUAUCCAGUCUCCAGGUUCAGCAAUGUCAAAUCCCUGCAGCACCUCUGCCGCUUUCGGAUCAGGCAGUUGGUCCGAAUAGACCAUAUUCCUGAGCUCCCGCUGCCCAAGCCCCUGAUCUCCUACAUCCGCAAGUUCUACUACUACGACCCCCAGGAGGAGGUGUAUCUGUCCCUGAAGGAGGCUCAGCUCAUCUCCAAACAGAAGCAGGAGACUGAAUCCUCCACGUAGCGAGGCUGCCUCACUCACCUUGUUGCUGUCACUGAUGGAAUUUGAUUGUUGCCAUCCCGUAGCCCAAGCCUGGCUGUGGUGGAAGGAGGCACGCACGGGGAGCCUGCUUCUGCGGGGCUGCUUCUGCUCUCAAGCUCUUUUGUACAGAGAAGAGGGUUCAAGACUCCGAAGAAGCACAGCGGAAGGGGAACAAGAGCCUCAGCUCCUGCCUGAGGGAGAGGGGAGAGAGCUGAGCCCAGCUCGUGGACCCCUUGCAGAACAAAGAAUGUCCUGGCACUAUUUGCAACUUUGGGAAAGUUUUUAUUUUUUAAUGUCUUUUGGGUUUGGUUUUUAUUUUCAGCAUGAGAAAUAACUGUCCUAUGAUCAGCUGAAUUGCAUUGUCCUCCCUUGGAAACUUCAAGGUGGGGAGAGAGGAAGAGAGAUGGGGACUCUCUAGGAAGGCCAUCUGCUCCAGGCAUGAUGGCAGGACUGGCCUUUGGCCCGUACUGAUGGGGAGAUGCAGCCAGAGAGCUGCUUGGAGGCAAGACUGAGCCAUGGUGCCAGGCAGCUACAUGGAAUAACCUCUGGGAAGCAUGGAAUUCUGAACAGUGGGCAGCCGAGCUUUGCAACUGGGAUUUGCAGGAUGGGCCCAUAGGCUUUUAAGUUGGGCCCAAGGAAGGACAAGCACGGGAGCCUGUUUGGAUGUCAUGGAGCCUUCUGCCAAAGGGAAUGGCUGCUGCUCCUCUGAGGAGGCCUCGUUCCCUUAGCAAACACUGGAAGGUUUUGCUGAGCCUCUGAUAAGUGGAAGGAAGGAGGCAAAGCUGUGGCUGUAGCUGUUGCUGCAGCCCAUGGACCAAAGGUACUUGCUCCAGCGAUCUCAGCCCUGCAGAGCCAUGGGAUGUGCACUUUCAGCCUUUUCUCUGGCUGUCUCCAGAAGCUGUGAAUGAAGUGGCUUUGUGCUGAGCUGUGAAGGAUCUCGACUGGGAGUUGCUGGGGCAUUAAGAGGCAUCUCUGGGCUGACUUGGAGCAGGAAGCAGAUAAGUGAGGCUUCUCCUAGAGCAGCAUCUGAGCUCUGAGCUCGCUGCUUCCUCCUCUCCCUGGGAUGUCCCUGGAACCACAGCAGUUCAGAAACAGUCAAGCCAAGAGGGGGGGUUGCUCUUGCUGUGUUUCUGGGCUUGGCAUUGGCUAAAAGACCCCUUCACCCCAUCAAAUCUGGUCUGCAUUUCAUGAAGUUUAAAGUUUGCUCCAAGGGAUGCUGAGAAGCAUCUUUCCUCCUGCAUUUACACGAGCAAAUGUUCCUGUGCUCUCAACCCUGCAGCAGCAUGGGCUGAAGAUGCGAUGCUCUGGUGGGGCCUGGGGCUGUGGAGCUGAGCACUCAGAAGCUCCAGGACUUUGGUUUUGCCCUGCAGAAUGAUCUGAGCCCUUGAAUCAGGCACAGUCCUGUGGAUCUUAAAGCAGCCUGCAGGAAACCCCCCUAUUGUCUGCCUCUGCCAAGUGUUGCUACGAUGGGUGCUAACGAACCCUGUCCUUCCGCCCCUCACCAUCACCUCUGGCCUCAGGUUUUGGCUUUGGAGGGAAAAGGAUGGUUUUAAAAAGGAUUUGGCUUCCAGAUGAAACAAACUGAGCUUCAGAUUGUGCAGAAAUACCUCAUCAGACACUGCUCACUACUGACUGUGUCCCAUGGUUGGGGCAGUGCUUACCAGGAGCUGCCCCAAGAUGUGCUCAUCGGCAUAUCCCGACCCUUGGUGAAAUGGGAGCUAAUCCAGCCUCCAGCUCCCAUGUCCCUGUGUGGGGAAUGGUGCUGUUCCCUCCCCUGGCUGUAGACCUACAGCUCACACCCGGUUACCAGCAGAGCCUGCAAAAUGAAUGCAACUGCUUCAAGUGAAACGCACAGCACGGCAUGAAUGUCAGGGGGGAAAGGUGGAAGUGGAAUAUCCACAGCAUCCCGGCUGUCCGUGUGCUGAAGAGCUGGGUCUUCCAACUUAUCCCUAUGCUGGGAAGGAGAAACUUCCCGAGAGCCAAGCCUGGGCUGGUGCCUGUCCUGCCCAACCCUAUGCCAGUGAAGAGCAGCGUGCCUGGGGCAUGUGUGUCCUGCCAAGCUUCCCAAAGAGACCCCGGAGACAAGGAUACGAUGGCCUGGAUGUGUGAGAUGGGAGUCCCCCUUGCCCAAGCUGGGGAGAAGCUGGUCUUCUCCCUAGUGCAAUGGUAACGGCAUCGUUUUCACUCCAUCCUUCCCUGUUCUGGGAUGGAGGGGUGCAGGCUGGGUUUGGGAAGGGGAAGAAGCCAACCAGGGAAAAGUGGUGCUGGGAAUGAGGGCAGAGUCCCAUUGCUGGGGUGGAACCACAGAGCCUGGCCCUGUGGUGGGUCAGGAGCUCCCCAUGUACCCCCCAGAGCUCCCCUUGGGAUGGAUGGGGUGGCCUUAGGGGCAAUACUUGCUCUCCUUGCUUCAGGAUAGGCAGGAGAGCUGCCUGCAGCUGACAGUGCUGGAUGUGAUCCCAAGGGUAACCGGAGUUAACAGCCUUCCCUUGAAAUCCAGUUAAAGUAAAGCUGUUCCCAGAGUUCCUUCCAAUCCAGGUGUGAGGGGAGGAACCUGAUCUGUUUGAGCAUGGAGAGGGUUCAGAGCUCUUGUUCCAAGGCUGGAUGUGAGUGGAGCAAGAAGAGAGGGGUCUUUGGGGUGGGAUCUUGGAGAGGUCAAUCCCGUCUUGCCAACGGAUCCCCAUCCCUGUUGGGGGAAGGACCAGGUGAUGUCUGCAUCCGGCCUGGAAUGGUUUUGUCCUUUGGUUCUGGAGGAUGCUCUCAUCCUGCUGAUUUGGAACCAAACUUUAUGGCCUCCUUUGUCCAACCUUGAAUUCUGCAGAGCUGGUGCUUGUUCCUCCUCCAGCAGGGAGCAGGGGCCGAUGAUCCAUGAAAUGGACCAUAUUAAAACUACCAAAGCGCAGAGAGCAUCCAUGGAAAAGCUCCUUUUCCAGCUGGAUGGCUGCAGCCUUCAGCCAUGUGGUGGACCUGGGUAGCGAGGUCCCACUUUGCUCCUCUCCCUGCAGCCUCCUUCACUUCAGCAGGGAAUUCCAAGAAGCCCAGGGCAGUUUUCCAUAGGGAAGUCUUUAGCUCAGCAUUGACCUUUCUGAGGCCAAAAGAAGGGAUGAAAAGGAUUCCUCUUUGGUUUGGUUUGGUGGGAACCACCUCAAGCUGCUCCUGUCAGAGAGAAUCGGUGGGUUUGAAAGCACCAGGCAUGGGGUGCUCCCAUGUGGGAUCAGGUUUUAAACCCUAAAGGUGCUUUUGAUGGGGACCUUUGUUACCAUGUGGGUGCAGGGGGAUGUGCAGGCUCUGCUGUGGAUCUUGGCUGGGACCGUUUUGGGGAGGAAACCACUGGAAAGCUGGGUUUGCAGAAGGAUCGUCCUGCUUCCAUUAGGGAGGGAGCUGACCCUUUCCCUUCCUCUUUCUUAGUUAAAGUCUGCCUUUGGGAUGCUUUUCCCCUUAAAACCUGACCUUUUGGAGGGCUCAGUGUGGGGCUGCUGGCACCACCCUAGCCCCUUGGGCUUCCAGAGCUGGAGUGCUCUAUCCAAGCAUCCCCCAUAGCCCAGCGUCUUCCAGGUGUGAUGGGGCAGGCGGGACCCCCCCAACCACCCCCUGCUGAUGGGGGUCCCCCCCUCUUUGUGCCUCCAGCUGAAAAGCACAACCCAGACCCACAGCAUCCCCCCAACCAACAUCCCCCAGGGGCGCCAGGUUUGCCUUUAGAGGAGGAAGGAGCAGACUGGGGGCAGCUCCUGGUGCUGCCUAUGGCCAAGCAGCCUUUGGGACCACCCUUGGGUAGCAAAGCAGCUUUGCUUCCUUUGCCCUUUUCCACUUGGUGUGUGUGUGUGUGUGUGCUUUUAAUUUAUUCAGAUAGUUGCUGUAUAAUUUAUUUUCCUAAACUCUAUUAAAAAAGUCACAGAAAAGGUAAAUCAGCCUCUGCGGCCCAGCUGCGAGCAGGGAUGCUUUUGAUACAAACACCACCAAUGCACUUUUGGGUGUGUUUGGUUAUUUUUGGGGGUGGGAAACGGGGCUUGGCUGUAUAUAUUGUAUUAAAGGCAUGUUUGGCCUCUGGUGUGGAGCCGUUGGUAACUGCUGCAGGGCCUGGGGUUGAAGCUGGUGUGGAAUUCCCAGGUUUGGGGUUGGUUUUCCUUUGCUUUUUGGGGAGGGAGAGCGGAUUCCAGUGGUUGUAACUCAUUUCCAGCGUCGGUUUGACUCAUGGGGUAUGGU